AUGCCUUCAAGCUUGUUCGGGGACCUGGGAGGUGGCGGCGGCCUGGUGGAAGACCAGCGCGCGUUUCAGCUGGCGUUAGAACUUAGCAUGUUGAGCCUGGGCGAGAGUCUACCCACCAGCAACCCUCUUGCGAGUCCACUCGGCUUCGCGCCGCCACCGGAAGACCGCGCCAAGAAAUCGCAGAACAUGACGGAGUGCGUGCCGGUGCCCUCCUCGGAACACGUCGCCGAGAUCGUCGGUCGACAAGGUACGGAUAAAUAUUGUACCGCUGCUAAGGCCUCGCAUGCUUGUUGUGGUUCGGCGCCGGUGUCCGCGCCACUCGCUCGCAGCACCGAACAGCUGUAG